ACCUCAGCCUUGCACGGCAGUGGGUACCACAAACCCCACUGAGACGGUCUGAGCUUGUUGCUUUUUUUCCCCUCCUCUGUUGUCUUUUUUUUUUUUUUGCGUGUAAAAUGACUUGUGUCCCACUCACGAGGGUUCUGGUGGCGGUGUGCGUGUGCAGCGCAGUGGUCCACGGCGUGCCGAAGAAUAAAAGACAAAGUCACCAGCAUCAGGUGUAUCCUGAUUACCGCCACGCAGACGUUAUCAGUGAAGUUGGCUGCGAGGAAAACGGUCGCUCAUUCAGAGUCAACGAGCAGUGGGAGAAAACUUACCGGGGCAGCACGCUGCUGUGCACCUGCAAUGGAGCGCACGGCAUCAAAUGUAAAACAAAGCCGGAAGUGGAGGAGUCUUGUUAUGAUAAGCACAAUGACCGGACAUACCGGGUUGGGGAAACAUAUGAGAGACCAAAAGACGGAAUGAUGUGGGACUGCACUUGCAUCGGAUCUGGUCGGGGCAAGAUCAGCUGUACCAUCGCAAAUCGUUGCCAUGAAGGCGGCAGGUCUUACAAAAUCGGGGAUACCUGGCAGAGGCCUCAUGAUACUGCUGACUACAUGCUGGAGUGUGUGUGUCUUGGAAAUGGCAAAGGAGAGUGGACCUGCAAGCCUGUGGCUGAGCGUUGCUAUGACAACAAUGCUGCCUCGUCGUAUGUGGUGGGGGAGACGUGGGAGAAACCCUACCAAGGCUGGAUGAUGCUGGACUGUACUUGCCUAGGCGAGGGAAAUGGCCGUAUCACAUGCACCUCAAGGAACCGUUGCAAUGACCAGGACACCAGAAGGUCCUACCGCAUUGGAGACACGUGGUCCAAGAAUGACGCCAGUGGGCACACGCUACAAUGCUUGUGUUUGGGAAACGGUCGUGGAGAGUGGAAGUGUGAGCGCCACAAUGCAGGCCAAGGUUCGGUGGUGGUGAGGCCACUCCAUCCUCAGCUGCAGACAGACCCUCCCAUUGAAGGAACCUGCCGCACCGACUCUGGAGCCACCUAUUACGACGGACAGCGUUGGAUCAGAAGCCAGGGCAGCAAACAGAUGCUUUGUACUUGUCUGGGCAAUGGAGUCAGCUGUCAGGAGUGGGAGGCCCGAAAUCAGGUCUACAAUGGCAACUCCAAUGGCCAGCCCUGCGUAUUCCCAUUUGUUUUCAUGGGGAAGACACACUACUCCUGCACCACGGACGGACGCACAGAUGGCCAACUGUGGUGUUCGACCACCUCAGACUAUGAGCGAGACCAGCUGUACUCUUUCUGUACUGAGAAGAAUGCAGCCAUUGUGGCCACACGAGGAGGCAACUCCAACGGCGCCCUUUGCCACUUCCCCUACCUGUACAGCGGCCGCAACUACACCGACUGCACAUCUGAUGGCCGUCGUGACAGCAUGAAGUGGUGCGGAACCACGUAUAACUAUGAUGGCGAUCAACACUUUGGAUUCUGCCCCAUGGCUGCCCAUGAGGAGGUGUGCACAACUAACGACGGUGUCAUGCACCGCGUUGGUGACAAAUGGGACAAACGGCAUGACGUCUUGGGCCACAUGAUGGAGUGCACGUGCCUUGGCAACGGUCGCGGGGAGUGGAAUUGUAUCGCGCACUCACAGCUGCGAGAUCAGUGUAUUGUGGAGGGAUUGACCUAUGAUGUCAACCAGGAGUUCUCCAAGCUCCACGAUGAGGGCUACAUGAUGAACUGCACCUGCUAUGGACAGGGACGCGGGCGAUGGAAGUGCGAUGCUAUUGAUCAGUGUCAGGAGCCCCAGACAAGGGCCUUCUAUCAAAUUGGAGAGUCAUGGGACAAACUCAUCCAUGGCAUCCACUAUCGCUGUUAUUGCUACGGCAAUGGGAUUGGAGAAAUGAGGUGUGAACCCCAGCAGGAUUCCCAAGGUGGCCACAGGCCAGUCCAAGUCAUCAUCACAGAGGCGGGCAAACAGCCGGACUCGCACCCCAUCCAGUGGAACCCGCCCUCAUCUGUUCAAAUCACGCAAUACAUCCUCAAGUGGAAAAUUAAAAAUUCUCGCAGCCCCUGGAGGGAAGUGGUUGUUCCCGGUCACCUCAACUCCUACACCAUCUCCGGUCUGCGUCCGGGGGUCACCUAUGAGGGUCAGCUGAUCAGCAUUUUGCGCUACGGACAGCGGGAGGUCACGCGUUUCGAUUUCACCACCACCCAUGGUUCUUUGGAAACCUCCGAGGGAGAGACGAACAAGCCUCCGCCGCUGGUUGACACCUCCGAAUCUGUGACGGAAAUCACUUCAAACAGCUUUGUCGUGUCCUGGACUUCGGCCUCGGCCACCAUCUCUGGCUUCAGAGUGGAGUACGAGCUCAGUGAGGACGGUGCACCGCAGCAAGUCUUGGACCUUCCUGGAACGUCCACUUCAGUCACCAUUGGUAACCUUCUGCCAGGGCGCAGAUAUAACGUCAAAGUCUAUGAGGUUCCCGAUGACGGAGAUGCCACCCUCAUCCUGUCAACAUCCCAGACGACAGCUCCUGACACUCCCGCUCAGCACGCUAUCGAUGAUGUUGGGGAGACGUCGAUCCGCAUUAGAUGGUCCAGACCUCAAGCUCCUAUUACUGGUUACCGUCUGGUGUACACGCCUUCCGUGGAGGGCAGCAGCACCGAGCUCAACCUGCCAGACACGGAGACAUCAGUGACCCUGGUUGACCUUCACCCUGGUGUGCUGUACAACAUCAGCAUCUUUGCUGUCGAGGAGAACCAGGAAAGUCAGCCUGUUUUUCUACAGGUCCAGACGGCUGGAUCUUCUCAACCAGAGGAAGUGGCCGCCCCCACCGACCUGCAGUUUUACGAGGUCACAGAUGUGAAGAUCACCAUCACGUGGAAUGGGCCACCCAGCGAGGUGACAGGUUACAGGGUCACCUUUUCCCCCGUCGGGCCUGAUGGCACCGAGAUCAGACCUCUCCAGUUGCCGGUGUCGCCCAACGCCUACGCUGACAUCACUCACCUGCAGCCGGGCACUCUAUACCGCUUCUAUGUCUAUGCCAUCAACGGGGGUGUGGAAAGCGAGCCACUAAUGGGAGAGAUGUAUACCAAACCGGAUGCUCCCACCAACAUGCAGUUCACUGACAUCGGCCCAGACAGCGCUCUGGUCACUUGGGAAUCUCCCCGUGCCAUCGUGUCUGGCUAUCGUCUCUUCGUGAGCAUCGAGGGCUCCAGUCCUAUCGAGAAGAGAAUCCCCGGCGGUGUCACCCAAUACGCUCUGAGGAAUUUGCGUCCCGAAACUGAUUACACUGCUACUCUGCACUCUGAGCUGAAUAGUGUGCUGAGUGAGCCCAUAACCACGCAGUUCACCACAGCUCCCCAGAUGGGAAAUGCACCUGCUUUCAACACGGAGGUCACUGAUUCCUCCAUCAUCAUCACCUGGAUACCUGUCCGCAGGUUUAGCUACAAGCUGUCUGUGCUCCCCGGCCAGCAAGGAGAGUCUCCAAGACACAGAACAUCUGACACUGGACGCCUUUAUGUAAGCGGUCUGAUUCCUGGAACUCAGUACACAUACAGCGUUCAGCCCAUCUUCAAUGGACGCCCCCGUGGAAACCCCAUCACCCGCAAAGUUGUCACUUCCUUGUCCCCUCCCACUGACCUGAGAGUACAGUCCGACUCUGACACAGGAGAUCUCACCGUCCACUGGACAGCCUCCAAAACACCAGACAUCACCGGCUACAGAGUGUCCAGCACGCCGACCAGUGGACAGAAAGGAAACAGCAUCGAGGAGUUUGUGAGGCCUGAUCAAACCUUGUGCAUGCUGGAGAACCUGAAUCUCGGGGUGGAGUACAACAUAAGCGUCUUCGCAGUCAAGGACCAUUUGGAAAGUGUGCCAGUGUCCACUGUUAUCACACCAGACAUACGUCCACCGAGACAUAUUCACUUUGUCGACAUAACUGACAACACCAUUGGCCUGCGCUGGAUCCCUCUGAACUAUUCGACCCUAACGGGUUACCGGAUAACGGUAACGACGGCGGGCGAGAGCUUGCCCAUUUUUCAAGAUAUGGUGGACGCAUCGGCUGGUUAUUACACACUUCGUGGUUUGGAGCCUGGCGUGGACUAUGACAUCAGUAUCGUCACGGUUACGGAAGAGGGGGAAAGCGAGCCAACCACACACACAAAGCAAACUCAAGCGGUGAUUCCAGCUCCCACCAACUUGCAAUUCGGAGGGGUGGGUCCUGACCACAUCAGGGUCACAUGGACAGUCCCGCACGUUGCCAACCCGAGUGACAUUUCUCGCUUCGUCAUCCGCUUCAGCCCUGUGACAGAAGACCAUGACUUGAAGGAGGUUAACGUGGGCGGAGCCUCUAACACUUUCUUGCUGCAGAACUUGCUUCCCGACACAGAAUAUCGCAUUAGUGUGGUGUACAUUUAUGGAGAGCGAGAGAGCUAUCCGGCCACAGGAAUACAGAGGACAACUCUGGAUUCCCCAACUGCUUUGGACUUUUCUGACAUUCAAACCAAUUCGUUCACCAUUCACUGGCGGGCUCCAUCUUCAAGUAUCACGGGUUAUCGGGUCCGCCAUCAGAGGACGAACGGUGGGCGCACCAAGGACGAGAGACUUCCUCCGAGCAAGACUCAUUUCACUUUGACUGGACUGACUCCCGAGACUGAGUAUCUCAUUGCUGUGUACGCUGUCAAGGGAAAUCAGGAGAGUCAACCUGUGACUGGCACACAGGCCACAAUCUCUGAUGCUCCCACCGACCUGGAAGUUGUAUCUUCCUCGCCCACAAGCAUCACCAUUCGCUGGGAUGCUCCCUCUGUUGCCGUCAAUCAAUACCGCAUCACUUAUAGAGGCACAGAUGGCGGUGCACCUCAAGAGUUCACCAUCCCAGGCACUCAGACCACAGCCACUAUCACCAAUCUGCAACCGGGUCACGACUACACCAUCACGGUUUAUGCGGUUACCGUAAGAGGGGAUAACCCUGCCUCCAACACCCCGGUCUACAUCACACACAAGACAGAUAUUGAGCCGCCUGCUAACAUGGAUGUGACUGAUGUGAGCGACAACACAAUCACUGUCCGCUGGUCCCCUGCUCGGGGGCCCAUCAUGGGUUAUCGAGUCACAGGUGCACCCAAAAAUGGCGUUGGACCGUCCUACUCUCGGGAUGUGUCUCCUGCUGAAACUGAGAUGACCCUCACAGGCCUGAUGCCAACUGUUGAGUACGUUGUCAGCAUCUCUGCCCUGGGCAAUGAUGGCCAACCCUCCUCUGCAGUGGUGCAGAAUGCCAUCACAGCCAUGGAUCGUCCAAAGGACCUGACCUUCUCUGACAUCGAUGCCAACUCCAUGCGCAUCGCUUGGGACAGUCCAGAGGGCACAGUGACAUCGUACCGCGUUCUCUACUCCAGCCCCGAAGAUGGGGAGAGGGAGCUGCGUCCGUCACCCCGCGGCGAUCAGGACAACGUGGCCAUAAAAGGCCUUCGGGCCGGAACAGAGUACACUGUCAAAGUCAUUGCUCUCCAUGGGCGCACACCCAGCACGCCAUUGGUGGGAACGCAGGCCACAGUCAUCCCCGCUCCUACCAACCUGGUCAUCACAGAGGUGGGGCCUACUUCUUUCGAGGUGUUAUGGCAGGCACCCAACGCACGACUGACGGGAUACCGUGUGGUCGUCAACCCCGAGAACAUCAACAGUCCCGCCAAGGAACUCAAUGUUGCUCCUGACACAACACGUGUGGUCAUACCUGGGCUCAUGGUGGCAACCAAAUACCAAGUCCAUGUCUAUGCUCUGAAGAACUCUGUCACCAGCAGACCACUGGAGGGCGAGGCAACCACCCUGGAAGAUGUAAGUCCGCCUCGCCGUGUGCGUAUUAUGGACGUGAAGGACGACUCGUUCACCCUGAACUGGCGCACUAAGGUGGAAACCAUUACUGGUUUCCUCCUUGAAGCCACGCCCCAGGGUAGCUCACGCCCCACAGUCACCAAGACCAUCCCAGCAGAUGUAUACACUUACACAGUCACAGGUCUCAAGCCGGGUACCACGUAUUCCGUUCACCUGUACACUCUGAAUGGCAAUACAAGGAGCGCCCCAGUUACGCUUACUGUUCAAACAGCCAAACCGGUGGUCCAAGCUCCCACCAACCUCCAGGUUACGUCUUUGACCCCCACCUACAUCUCCUUCACGUGGCAACCUCCAGCCACGCCCAUCACGGGCUACUACGUCACCUAUGCUGAGCCCAGAGCGACGCCACAGGAGCUGAAGCCACGGCCCCACGCUGGACAGAACUAUGCCACCAUAUCUGGCCUGAAACCGGACACUGAGUAUAUCAUCAAGAUUGUUGCCAUCCAGAACACACAGAGAAGCACUCCACUUGUGGGCAGAAUCAGGACUCAACCAGAUUCCUUGCUCCCUGUGCCACAACCCCACCGCCCCGGAGAUGUCACUGAUAGGCUUGAUGUGCCUGAAACAAACUUGGACAACAGAGUCCAGCUGGUGGGCAACAAUGGCCAGGACGGCCUCGGUGGUCAGAGCCAGCAUGUGGAGUACACCGAGUACAACAACCACAACCGGGCCACCCCACAGUCCCCGUACGGGCAAGUUCAAGAGCCCCUGGUCUUCGUGCCCCUGCCCGACGCCAAUGGCCGGCGCAAGCCCUACGUGAAGCUCAAUGUGCCCUAUGGCACCAUAUUUGCCAAUGAGACAGGUCUCCCGCAGGAGGCUCAAACGAGGACCCCCAUUUCCUGGAAGCCGUACAGUCAGAGCAAUGCGUACUUGGUCUCCUGCAAUCCGGUAACACAUUUGGAUGAGAAAAUGUUCCAGGUGCGGCUGCCAGGCACGGCCACCACUGCCACGCUGGUCGGCCUCACCCCUGGAGCCGACUACAACGUGCUGGUGGAGGCUCUGAAGGGAGCGCUCAAACACAAGGUCCUCGAGCAGGUUGUCACCGCUGCAAACACAAUACAAGAGGGAGCUCCUCCCACAGACGACAGCUGCUACGACACGCUCACGGCAACCUACCACGAUGUCGGCACUCAGUGGGAACGCAUGUCCGAGACGGGCUUCAAGCUGUGGUGCACAUGUCUGGGUCUCGGAAGGGGCCACUUCAGAUGUGACUCCUCCAAGUGGUGCCAUGACAACGGGCAAAACUACCGCAUCGGGGACAAGUGGGACCGGCAGGCAGAGAACAAUCACCUGAUGAGCUGCACCUGUCUGGGCAACGGCAAAGGAGAGUUCAAGUGUGAACCACAUGAAUCCGUGUGCUACGAUGAAGGAAAAACAUUCCAAGUGGGCAACCAGUGGCAGAAAGAGUACCUGGGCGCCAUCUGUACCUGCACAUGCUAUGGCGGACAGCGGGGCUGGCAAUGCGAGAACUGCCGCAGACCGGCCUCCGACCCUGGCGUGCUGCAGCCUGUUCAGUAUGGAACAGAUACAUUGCGCAGACAGAAUAUUCACUGCCCCAUCGAGUGUCUCCGACCGGACCUUCUGGCAGAUGCGCUGGUGGUCCCGGAUCCUCGGGAGUGAGGAGACGCCCGUCGGCCGAACCGCUUUGCUCCCUCACUGUCCCAUUACUGCACUGCCUGAACAGAGAUGUCAUGUCGUCUGCCGUGGCACAAACGGCCCGAUCGCUUUCUGACACAUGCUCAUCCAAAGAUGUUAAACUGCACUUCUGCCUGAUCAACGUGAUCCCUUCAUUCAUGACCAACUCUAACUUGGCUGUUUGGAGAAAAAAGCCAUUCUAGUAUUUUUGUAACUCUUGAAACACAAUUAGUUUUCUUCAAUGAUAUUCUGUUUCAAGGCAUUCUGUUACUGCUGGCGAGAGGGGUCACACUGUCUCUUACUAAUUUAUCCCUUUAAUUUCUGUGUGUGAAUGCAAGUGGAAUUGUAUCUGUUCUAUUUUUGUAUCGUAUUGUCCGUGCCAAAGUUGUUUCUACUUGACAGAAAGAAAGUCUCAUAAUUAUUGUAAUAAAGUUGGAAAGAUCCACAAUCACA